UUGGCAGGUAUGUUUACUUCACGCACUAAUCCAUGGCUACAAUAAGGAGCUUCCACAAAUGGAAGUCUGAUUUUCACGGAAUCAGCUUAAAAUCCAUCGGAAAUGAGAAACAGAACGUAAAGCAACUUCUUUUCUCCAUACCCAUCUCGAGAAGGUGCGCAAUUCUGGUAUCUUCAGUACCAUUUACCUUCAUUUCACCUCCACAAUUCUCAGAGGCCAGAGAGAGACGCAGCAAGAAGAACAUCCCCAUUGAAGAAUAUCUCACUAGCCCUGAUGGGUUGAAAUACUAUGAUGUUGUUGAAGGAAAGGGUCCUGUAGCUGAGAAAGGAUCAACUGUACAGGUGCACUUUGACUGCAUAUAUAGGGGGAUUACUGUUGUUUCGAGUAGGGAAUCCAAACUUUUAGCUGGGAACCGUAGCAUUGCCCAGCCAUAUGAAUUCAAGGUUGGAGCUAGUCCAGGUAAAGAGCGGAAAAGGGAGUUUGUAGACAACCCAAAUGGUCUGUUUUCUGCACAGGCUGCUCCAAAACCCCCACCAGCUAUGUACUCAAUAACACAAGGGAUGAAAGUUGGGGGAAAGAGGACUGUCAUUGUUCCUCCAGAGGCUGGAUAUGGGCAGAAGGGAAUGAAUGAGAUUCCGCCAGGAGGUACAUUUGAGCUGAAUAUCGAGCUUUUGCAAGUGAUGCCACCAGAAGCAAAGGAAACCUAGCAUUUAGUACCAGCAUCCAGGCCUAGAGGGUGGAGAAGCAUGUGAAUACUGAAGGUCUAAGCUUUCCAAAUUCCAAUUGACUGAGAUUUUCUUUGCAAAUUUACAGGGUCUCCUGUUUUCAAAUUUAGAUGCUUUCUUGUAGCUUACAGCAUCUAUUGCGAACAAGAUUUUGCUACAUUUGUUCUCACUUCUGUACCACUCUCAUUACACUUCAG